AAGAAAAAUGAACCUUAUCACUUGAUACGAUCGAAGAAAAUUGAAAUCAUUUCAUCACUUCUUUUUAAUUACAAAUUAUUAUUUUCUAAAUUUGAAACGUUCACAGUUAUUAGAUAUGUGUUCAACGAUUCAAAAUGGCAUUACCUUGGAAGAGUAAGCUUCUUCUGAAUAUUGUUGUUCAGCAAUGUUGUAUGGUGAAUCGUUAUCUAUGCACCUCUGAAAAUGAAGUUAGAGUAAGAUUUGCCCCUAGUCCUACAGGAUUCCUUCAUCUUGGUGGUCUAAGAACAGCUCUAUACAAUUACCUUUUUGCCAAAGCAAACAAUGGCAAGUUUAUUUUGCGGAUAGAAGAUACCGAUCGAACAAGAUUAGUUGACGAAGCCGUUGAAAAAGUAGAAAAUGACUUGGAAUGGGCUGGUUUAAUACCAGAUGAAAGUCCUCGUAGAGGUGGUUCGUAUGGACCCUACUUGCAAUCGGAGCGAUUAUCGCUGUACCAAAAAGAAGUUCAAAAGUUAUUGGAAAAUGGUACCGCGUAUUAUUGCUUCUGCAGCGAUCGACGUCUGGAUUUAAUGAAAAAGGAUGCUAUUAGACGACGCGAAGUACCGAAAUACGAUAAUCGUUGUAGGAACUUAUCCGAACAAGAAGUACAAGAGAAAUUGAGAAAUAGCUCCUCGCAUUGCAUCAGAUUCAAAUUGACACCGUUUCAAGAGCCGGUGGAAGAUUUAGUUUAUGGAAGUAUUGUUCACGAUGUUGCAGCAGUGGAAGGCGAUCCUAUAAUAAUAAAAAGUGACGGUUACCCUACUUAUCAUUUCGCCAAUGUUGUUGACGACCAUUUUAUGAAAAUCAGUCACGUUUUGCGUGGUGUCGAAUGGCAAUCGUCCACACCAAAACAUUUAUUGUUGUAUAAAGCAUUCAACUGGACGCCUCCUAAGUACGCUCAUUUACCAUUACUCAUGAAUGACGAUGGCACGAAAUUAUCGAAACGAAACAGCAACAUGACUGUGGAAGCGUACAGAAACGAUGGAAUGUACCCUUCCACUAUUCUCAAUGUUAUCGUUUCUGCCGGAGGAGGGUUCAAGACUGAAGCUCAUGCCAAACUGAAGCUCAGAGAAGUUGACGAAUUGAUCUCCAAGUUCCAGUUGAAAGCAGUCAAUCCUCAUAAUUGUCAACUCAAAUACGAACUGUUGGAUGAAUUGAAUCGCCUAACGAUUAGAAAAAUGAUUACCAAUGAAGAAACAUUGAAUCAAUUAGUCACCGAAUUGAGAAAUUUAGUUAUUAAUCAAUUCGCAGGAAAGCAAAUAAAUGAAUCAUCACUAGACAAUGACAAGUUGAAGCAAUUAUUAGUGUGGAGCAGUCAAAGAAUUUGUAGAUUAUCGGAACUCGUUGGAAGUAAUUACUCUUACAUAUGGAUUUUACCUUCAGAAGAUGCUUUAUCAAAUCUAGAAGAAAAGUAUUUCGAAUUAUUGAACCCACUCGUUAGUCAUUUCAAGAAUGCAACUGAUUUUAACGAAAUACCGUUCACCAAAUAUUUCAAACAAUUUGCUAAAGAACAUCAAGUUGAAUACGGUCCUUUGCUGAGAUUUUUAAGAGCAUGUUUGAGCGGAUUGACGCACGGACCUAGCGUUGGUGAAAUGAUGAUUCAGUUGGGACAAUCGAACGUAGUAGACAGAUUGCAAAGAGCUGAAAACUAUUUCAACUCUAAUCGCCAUCAGCAAGCAGAUAAUGUAACGUUAAAAAAGUAGUAAAAUUAAAUAUUUCGGCGACUUU